CCCCAGCCCAGAUCCAGUGAGCAAACAUGAAGACCUUCAUCUUUCUUGCUCUCCUGGGAGCCGCUGUUGCUGUCCCCAUUGACGACGAUGACAAGAUCGUCGGGGGCUACACCUGUGCGGAGAAUUCCGUCCCCUACCAGGUGUCCCUGAACUCCGGCUACCACUUCUGCGGGGGCUCCCUCAUCAACAGCCAGUGGGUGGUGUCCGCUGCUCACUGCUACAAGUCCUCCAUACAGGUGCGUCUGGGAGAAUACAACAUCAACGUCGUGGAGGGCAAUGAGCAAUUCAUUAGUGCGUCCAAGAUCAUCAGACACCCCAGUUACAACUCAAAUACCCUGGACAACGACAUCAUGCUGAUUAAACUGAAGACUGCUGCCACUCUCAACUCUCGAGUAGCCAGUAUCUCUCUACCAACGUCUUGUGCAUCUGCUGGGACCAAGUGUCUCAUCUCUGGCUGGGGCAACACCAAAAGCAGUGGCUCCAGCACCCCUGACCUGCUGCAGUGUCUGAACGCUCCCAUCCUGUCGAACAGCGCCUGCAGCAGCGCCUACCCAGGCCAGAUCACCAGCAACAUGAUCUGCGUGGGCUUCCUGGAGGGUGGGAAGGACUCCUGCCAGGGUGACUCUGGCGGCCCUGUGGUCUGCAAUGGAAAGCUCCAGGGUAUUGUGUCCUGGGGCUACGGCUGCGCUGUGAAAGGCAAGCCUGGUGUCUACACCAAGGUCUGCAACUACGUGAGCUGGAUUCGGCAGACCAUCUCUUCCUACUAAACAGCUUCAUCUCUUCAUGACCCUCCCUGCUAGUCAGCUCCACCUUCCUCCCAUCCUCAA